UGUGACACUCUAUAAUUCGAUUCCCUUUACGUUACCUUUACCUCUCCUUAAAACAAACACCUCCCAUGGUCCACAACCUACAAAAGUUCCUCAUUGUAGUGUACCCAUUGUUGUCGUCGUAGUCGAACUGAUCAAAAUUUGAAAAUGUGGUGCAAGUUUGUAUCAGUUCCUUGGUAAGGCCGGGCCCACAGUUGUGCCAACUGUGCGGCCUGCACAGGGCCCAGGAAUUUUAUAUAGACAAUAAACUUCCGUGGGCCUUUCCCAACGAAGUGAAGAGACAAAGAAGGACGACGUCCCCGUCGAGCGUCCUGAGACCGUGACUCCACGUGAGUAGAGCGCAGGUGCGGUUGUGGUCUCUUAGACUUCUCGCGUCGCUCAUGAUCCUGGGCUUCUCGUUCAAUGACGGAAAUCGAUGUCACAUCGCAUCCAGAUAGGAAACGAACCCCGAGCUUUGCUUCACGUACGAUUUGUAUAUGAAGUAGUAUGGCCACCGUUGGUUAUCGUCGUUCAAGGUGGGUUCACGGUGGAUUGCACUAUCAUAACAAAUCGGACAACCCUGAUCCAAUCGCCUAGCUUCUUGCGUCGCAUCCUGACGCGUGUCUCCCGAAUCCUGAUCCCGAGUUACCUUCGCACCAUUGAAAACUAACCGAAACAAAAUCAAUCAGCAUCGGCCACAUUACUCUUUUGUUGUUGUUGAUCGACUGAUCGCAAAACAGAGGUACCUCCCGCUUGAUCUGCUCCUACUCCCGAUUCUUAAAUUCUAAUUAACUUUUGGCUGAGAUCAUUAAAGAUCGGUUCUCCAUUCUUGCCUUCUCGGUCAAAGAUUACGGUACAACAGAUUAGUCGGAUAUGGCACGGGAUUAGAUGAGCUAAACAGUUCAUCUAAUUUUUCUUAUGAAAUAAGGAUCCGUUUUUGCUUUUCGCACAGGUCCCGAAUUUUAUCGACCCGGCCCUGUUUCCUGGGCAGAACGUAAAGUGUAAAUUAUGUAAUUUCUCGGGCAGAAUUUCAUUAGUCUUGCUAUUAAGCAUCAUCUCUAAACUUCGCAACCCUGAAUAAAAGAGUGAAUUAGCUAGCAGAUUAUAGUUUGCGUUCAUGCCGUCAAUGCCCGCCACCGGCCGCUACAAUAUCCCGCAGAUUAUAUUCCCCGUGCAUGCUGCGUGUCUCGGUCCAUGCCUCCAACUUCCCACCGGUCCCCAAACAUUCCCGAUCUUUUUCUUGCAGUACAAAUGAAGCAUCUCCACCGGAAUCUCAGCGACCAGUCUGUCCCGCCGCCGCCGCCGCCGCCGCCAUGGAGGACUGGCUCUUCUACUCGCUCACCACCAUGCUCUGCCUCCUCAGCUCGCUGCUGCUGCGGGCCCGGGCCCGCAGCCCGUCCCAUUCCGCGACGCUGACGCCUCAGACGCCGCCGCUGCCUCCAGGUCCGGUGCCGCUGCCGGUUCUCGGCCCGCUGCUCCACCUGGCCCGUCGCGAUUUCGACCUCGAGCCCGUGCUGCGGGUCCUCGCGCGAGCCUACGGCCCGGUCUACUCCUUCGCGCCACUGGGGCUGGCGCGGCCAAUGAUAUUCGUCGCGGCACGAGGCCCGGCCCACCGCGCACUCGUCCAGCAGGGCGCCGCCUUCGCCUCCCGCCCGCGCGCCACUGCUCCCGCCGCCGCCGUGCUCACCAGCGGCGGCCGCAACGUCAGCUCCGCUCCGUAUGGGCCCACCUGGCGCGCGCUCCGCCGCACCCUCGCCUCCGGCGUGCUCAACCCGGCCCGCCUCCGCGCCUUCGCCCCCGCCCGGCGCUGGGUGCUCGACGUCCUCGUGUCCCGCAUCCGCUCCGGUGGCCGCGGCGGCGGCGGCGUCGUCGCCGUCAUGGAGCCCUUCCAGUACGCCAUGUUCUGUCUCCUGGUGUACAUGUGCUUCGGCGGCGACCGCCUCGGCGACGCGCGCGUGAGGGACAUCGAGGCGCUGCAGCGUGACCUCCUCGGCAACUUCCUCAGCUUCCAGGUCUUCUCCUUCCUCCCGCCGCUCACCAAGCUCGUCUUCCGCCGCCGGUGGAGCAAGCUCGUCUCGCUGCGCCGGCGUCAGGAGGAGCUCUUCGUCCCGCUCAUCCGCGCCAGGAGGGAGGCGGGCGCUGGCGGCGACUGCUACGUGGAUUCCCUGGUGAGGCUUGCCAUCCCGGAGGAUGGAGGGAGGGGGCUCACGGACGGCGAGAUCGUGAGCCUCUGCUCCGAGUUCCUGAGCGCCGGUACCGACACCACGGCCACGGCGCUGCAGUGGAUACUCGCGAACCUGGUCAAGAACCCGGCUAUGCAGGACAGGCUAAGGGACGAGGUUUCCGCCGCCGUCGACGGCGAGCUGCGGGAGGAAGACCUGCAGGGGAUGCCGUACCUCAAGGCCGUGGUGCUGGAGGGGCUGAGGCGGCACCCGCCGGGGCACUACGUGCUACCGCACGCCGCGGCGGAGGAGACGACGCUGGACGGGUACCGCGUCCCGGCGGGCACGCCGGUAAACUUCGCGGUAGGCGACAUCGGGCUGGACGAGGAGAUCUGGACGGCGCCGUCGGAGUACCGGCCGGAGCGGUUCCUGCCGGGCGGCGAGGGGGAGGACGUGGACCUCACCGGCAGCAAGGAGAUCAAGAUGAUGCCGUUCGGCGCCGGCAGGAGGGUCUGCCCCGCCAUGGCGCUUGCGCUGCUGCACCUCGAGUACUUCGUGGCCAACCUGGUCAGGGAAUUCGAGUGGCGGGAGGAGGCUGGCGAGGAGGUGGACCUCACCGAGAAGCUCGAGUUCACCGUUGUCAUGAGGCGGCCGCUCAAGGCCAGGGCUGUGCCGCUGAGGCAAGGAAGGCCCAUCGCCGCCACGGGCUCGGGUUGAUCGACGGGGGCCAACCAUAUUCUCCUUUCCCAAAUGUUUAGUUGGUAAUUAGAUUAAGCUUGUCUUCUUCUUUUCUGAAUUUGCUUUUGCUAAUGAAAUGUACUAUGUGGUUUUCUAAUCUAAAAGACAGAUUAAAAAGAAA